UCUCUUCCUCCCUUCCUAGAGAGGGAACAACAUUCAUGUGACGGGCCCCUCUGCUUCUCCCCCGCCCCACCAUCUCCAGCGCGUGGUGGGGGAACUGCUUGGGAAAGCGGUUGGCAUCGAUCUCUUCAUCCCUUCCGAGGCCCGAGUUCGGUCUGUGCGACUGUCUUAUCUCCACCCAUCCAUCCAUCUUUUGAGACAAUGUCUCUUAUGUAGCCCAGGCUGGCCUCACACUUGGGAUCCUCCUGACUCGGCCUCCAGAGUGCUGAUAUUACAGGAAUUAUCUUUCCUAGAAGAAAGAAGCAAACUGUCAUUUUACUCACGUAAAUAUAUGAGUAUAUUUCUGAUAUUGGGGUGUUCCAGAAGAUGAUAAAGAAAUGAUAGCAGCUCCAGAAAUACCAACUGAUUUUAAUCUACUACAGGAGUCAGAAACACAUUUUUCUUCUGACACAGAUUUUGAGGACAUUGAAGGAAAAAACCAAAAGCAAGGCAAAGGAAAAACUUGUAAAAAAGGCAAAAAGGGCCCAGGAGAAAAAAGCAAAGGUGGAAAUGGAGGAGGGAAACCCCCUUCUGGUCCAAACCGAAUGAAUGGUCAUCACCAACAGAAUGGAGUGGAAAACAUGAUGUUAUUUGAAGUUGUUAAAAUGGGCAAGAGUGCUAUGCAGUCGGUGGUAGAUGAUUGGAUAGAAGCAUACAAACAUGACCGAGAUAUAGCACUUCUUGACCUUAUCAACUUUUUUAUUCAGUGUUCAGGCUGUAAAGGAGUUGUCACAGCGGAAAUGUUUAGGCAUAUGCAGAACUCUGAGAUAAUUCGAAAAAUGACUGAAGAAUUUGAUGAGGAUAGUGGAGAUUAUCCACUUACCAUGGCUGGUCCUCAGUGGAAGAAGUUCAAAUCCAGCUUUUGUGAAUUCAUUGGUGUAUUAGUACGGCAAUGUCAGUAUAGUAUCAUAUAUGAUGAGUACAUGAUGGAUACAGUCAUUUCACUUCUUACAGGAUUAUCUGACUCACAAGUCAGAGCAUUUCGACAUACAAGCACCUUGGCAGCUAUGAAGUUGAUGACAGCUUUGGUGAAUGUGGCACUAAAUCUUAGCAUUAAUAUGGAUAAUACACAAAGACAAUAUGAGGCAGAGCGGAAUAAAAUGAUUGGAAAGCGAGCCAAUGAGAGACUAGAACUCUUGCUACAAAAGCGGAAAGAGCUUCAGGAAAAUCAAGAUGAAAUAGAAAAUAUGAUGAAUGCAAUAUUUAAAGGAGUGUUUGUACAUAGAUACAGGGAUGCAAUAGCUGAAAUCCGAGCUAUAUGCAUCGAGGAGAUUGGCAUUUGGAUGAAAAUGUAUAGUGAUGCCUUUCUUAAUGACAGUUAUUUAAAAUAUGUUGGUUGGACUAUGCAUGAUAAGCAAGGUGAGGUAAGACUGAAGUGUCUUACUGCUCUACAAGGGCUUUAUUAUAACAAAGAGCUUAAUUCCAAACUGGAGCUAUUUACCAGUCGGUUCAAGGAUAGAAUUGUGUCUAUGACCCUUGACAAAGAAUAUGAUGUUGCAGUACAAGCAAUAAAAUUACUCACUCUUGUUUUACAGAGUAGUGAAGAAGUUCUUACUGCAGAAGAUUGUGAAAAUGUCUAUCAUCUGGUUUAUUCAGCUCAUCGACCAGUAGCAGUAGCAGCUGGAGAAUUUCUCUAUAAAAAACUCUUCAGUCGUAGAGAUCCAGAGGAGGAUGGAAUAAUGAAAAGGAGGGGAAGACAAGGUCCAAAUGCCAACCUUGUUAAGACAUUGGUAUUUUUCUUUCUGGAAAGUGAGUUGCAUGAGCAUGCAGCAUACCUUGUGGAUAGCAUGUGGGACUGUGCUACUGAGCUGCUGAAAGACUGGGAAUGUAUGAAUAGCUUGUUGCUAGAGGAGCCACUUAGUGGGGAAGAAGCACUAACAGACAGACAAGAGAGUGCUCUGAUUGAAAUAAUGCUUUGUACUAUUAGACAAGCUGCUGAAUGUCAUCCUCCUGUGGGAAGAGGGACAGGAAAAAGGGUGCUGACAGCGAAGGAGAAGAAGACCCAGUUGGAUGACAGGACAAAAAUCACUGAACUAUUUGCUGUGGCCCUUCCUCAGUUAUUAGCAAAAUACUCUGUAGAUGCAGAAAAGGUGACUAACUUGUUGCAGUUGCCUCAGUACUUUGAUUUGGAAAUAUAUACCACUGGUCGAUUAGAAAAGCAUUUGGAUGCCUUACUGCGCCAGAUAAGAAAUAUUGUAGAGAAGCACACAGAUACAGAUGUUUUGGAAGCAUGUUCUAAAACUUACCAUGCACUCUGUAACGAAGAAUUCACAAUCUUCAACAGAGUAGAUAUUUCAAGAAGUCAACUGAUAGAUGAAUUGGCAGAUAAAUUUAACCGGCUUCUUGAGGAUUUUCUACAAGAAGGCGAAGAACCUGAUGAAGAUGAUGCUUACCAGGUAUUGUCAACAUUGAAGAGAAUCACUGCAUUUCAUAAUGCUCAUGAUCUUUCCAAGUGGGAUUUGUUUGCUUGUAAUUACAAACUUUUGAAAACCGGAAUUGAAAAUGGAGAUAUGCCCGAGCAGAUUGUUAUUCAUGCACUUCAGUGUACUCAUUAUGUAAUCCUUUGGCAGCUUGCUAAGAUAACUGAAAGCAGUUCUACAAAGGAGGAUUUACUGCGUUUAAAGAAACAGAUGAGGGUAUUUUGUCAGAUAUGUCAGCAUUACCUGACCAAUGUGAAUACUACUGUUAAAGAACAGGCCUUCACUAUUCUAUGUGAUAUUUUGAUGAUCUUCAGCCAUCAGAUUAUGUCAGGAGGACGAGACAUGUUAGAGCCAUUAGUUUACACUCCUGAUUCUUCAUUGCAGUCUGAGUUGCUCAGCUUUAUUUUGGAUCAUGUCUUCAUUGAACAAGAUGAUGAUAACAAUAGUGCAGAUGGUCAGCAAGAGGAUGAAGCCAGUAAAAUUGAAGCUUUGCACAAGAGGAGAAACUUACUUGCAGCAUUUUGUAAGCUAAUUGUAUAUACUGUGGUAGAGAUGAAUACAGCUGCAGAUAUCUUCAAGCAGUAUAUGAAGUAUUAUAAUGAUUAUGGAGAUAUCAUCAAAGAAACAAUGAGUAAAACGAGGCAAAUAGACAAAAUUCAGUGUGCUAAGACCCUUAUUCUCAGUUUGCAACAGCUUUUUAAUGAAAUGAUACAGGAAAAUGGCUAUAAUUUUGAUAGAUCAUCUUCAACAUUUAGCGGCAUAAAAGAACUUGCUCGACGUUUUGCUUUAACGUUUGGACUUGAUCAGUUGAAAACAAGAGAAGCCAUUGCCAUGUUACACAAAGAUGGCAUAGAAUUUGCUUUUAAAGAACCUAAUCCACAAGGGGAGAGCCAUCCACCUUUAAAUUUGGCAUUUCUUGAUAUUCUGAGUGAAUUUUCUUCUAAACUACUUCGACAAGACAAAAGAACAGUGUAUGUUUACUUGGAAAAGUUCAUGACCUUUCAGAUGUCACUCCGAAGAGAAGAUGUAUGGCUUCCACUGAUGUCUUAUAGAAAUUCUUUGCUAGCUGGUGGUGAUGAUGAUACCAUGUCAGUCAUUAGUGGAAUCAGCAGUCGAGGGUCAACUGUACGGAGUAAAAAAUCAAAACCAUCUACAGGAAAACGGAAAGUGGUUGAGGGCAUGCAGCUUGCACUCACUGAAGAAAGCAGUAGUAGUGACAGUAUGUGGUUAAGCAGAGAACAGACACUGCACACCCCUGUUAUGAUGCAGACACCACAGCUUACCUCCACUAUUAUGAGAGAACCCAAAAGAUUACGGCCUGAAGAUAGCUUCAUGAGUGUUUAUCCAAUGCAGACUGAGCAUCAUCAAACACCUCUUGAUUAUAAUCGGCGUGGUACAAGCCUAAUGGAAGAUGAUGAAGAGCCAAUUGUUGAAGAUGUUAUGAUGUCCUCAGAAGGAAGAAUUGAGGAUCUUAAUGAGGGAAUGGAUUUUGACACAAUGGAUAUAGACUUGCCACCAUCAAAGAACAGACGAGAGAGAACAGAACUGAAGCCUGAUUUCUUUGAUCCAGCUUCAAUUAUGGAUGAAUCAGUUCUUGGGGUGUCAAUGUUUUAAUACCAGUACACAAUUAAAUCUGUGGUGAAGUCAUUUUCUAAGUGGAAGAGGAAAUUUUAAAAUAAAGUGUGGUAGAUACAGUGAAAUUCUGUACAGAUUUUUCUCUAAGGAGAAUAUGACAUGCUUAUGCUUACCAAGAUCAAGUGCAUUGAGGGGCAGUUUUGUUUGCCUGAAAAACAUAAAGGACAAGUAAACAAUUUGAUGAUAAGCUACAGUUUUUCUUAGAAAGUAAAUAUUUUAUUUAUGCGCUGUUAGUUGGCUUUUAAAUCAAUUAUUUCAUGCUUUUUUAAAAAAUAACUAUAACAAUCUGAAGAGGCAUUUGGUACAGAUAAGAAUCCUCUCACAUUUAUUUACUGGUUGUACUAAAUAAUGAUGACCUCUGCUGGAUUUCUGUUUACAUCCAAGAAACAAAGUAAGGAUGAAUUUAUUCCCUGACCCCUGAAAUUGUAGGAUAGAAUGAAUUGUUUUUAGCAUUCUAAAUUUAAAUGCUUAAAACAUCAAUCAGUACUUUGUUUUAAAUAUUGUAAUUGUGGAGAAAAGUUAAACUUAUAAGCAGAACUUUUACAAUUUUUUCAUCUAAAAUGUAUUUUAAGAUAUUUUUAAAAUCCAAGAGCUUCUCUAUACUUUUCGGAACUAUCCAGAUGUAGUGAACUGCCAGAAGGUAACCAGUCUCAAACAUGCUUAUCCCACUAUCAUCCCUGAAAGUUUGCUUGUCCUUUAAGAUAAAAAUGUAAUGUUGUGAUAUUCCUUCCAGUAGUGCCACUGUAUUUUGUCUCCAAAUAAAAGAAGCUUAUUGUA